ACAUGUAAAGCCACUGGUUUUGCCACCCACUUGUUCAUAUUAGCAGCCUUUCCCCACCCUUGGAAAAAAAAAUCUUCCACUCGAUCUUAGAGAGAGAUAGAGAGAGUGGACACUGUUAAUGGCGGAAGACGAUCAAAAGGAGCUUCAGCUGCUGCCAUCUCCUCCGCCAUCGGAUCCGGCGGGGGGGAAGAUGAAACCGACGUCGGUGCAGAUCACAGGCUCCUCCGCCGUGAGACACCACGAUCUCGACCUUAAACUGUCCAUAAGCCUCGGCCCCUUCACGGCGGAUCAUCCGUACGGAGUGGAGGCGGUGCACUGGCAAGCGGCGGAGCAAAUAAGGCAUGCGGCGAUGGAGAAGGCUUACGCCGAGAGGAUCAGAGAGCUGACUCGGAGGGAGAUGGAAUUGGCUCAGUCCGAGUUCACCCGUGCCAGGCAGAUAUGGGAGCGGACGAGGAAGGAGGUAGAGAAGGCAGAGAGGUUGAAGGAGAAGGCGAUGAUGAAGAUAGACCCUGCGUGCAUGGAGAUCACUUGUCUCUCCUGCAGCCAGAGGUUUCAUUAUGCCCUGAUUUAGUCAUCUUUGAUCGUAAUCCCUACACCCAAAAUCACAGGUCAUUUGUUUUUUUCCCCUUCUUCUUUUGGGUGUUAAUUUGUUGAUUUCGGGUUUCGAGUGAGUUUCGUUCUGGUUUUGGUAUAUUAUUAGGUUCCUUUUGUUUCCUUGAAAUCUAAGGAAAAAUACAAUCAUGAUUGUUUUUUUUUUUUU